UUUCCGUAGAAAUCCGAGUGACUGGUGAAUAACAAAUUACCCUUCGGAAAGCUAGCGGUGCACUCAAAACAUAAUCGUAAUCAACGAUUUACCAGAAGAUGCUAUAUCGCAACGGAUGGAAGAGGACAAAAAUCUGAUUCUUUGCAAGACAGCAGUAAUGGGGCAGUCACAAAUAAGCAUGCUAAAGUCAAGUAUUGGCGUCGAGCUAGGAAGUUGCUGACAGCGACAGUCAGAUUGGAUCAGCAGUAGCCCAUGAUUGACCAGAACGGAUGUCGGUGAAACAAAUAUGACAGAGAAAGCUGAAAAUAAAGAAGAUGACUCCAGUGUCAGAGUGGCCCUCAGAAUUCGACCCCAGAAUGGACGAGAAAAAGUGGAAAUGUGUCAGGUGUGCACAUCAGUUGUGCCAGAUGAACCACAGGUGCUUCUUGGGAAAGACAAGCCUUUUACCUUUGACCAUGUUUGUGACAUGCAUGCCACUCAAGAGAGCAUUUACAAUACCUGUGUCCGGAGUCUCAUUGAAGGGUGCUUUGAGGGUUACAAUGCUACUGUUUUUGCCUAUGGGCAGACUGGAUCAGGAAAAACAUACACAAUGGGCACAGGUUUUGAUGUGAAUAUUGAUGCAGAAGAAGUUGGUAUUAUCCCUCGAGCAGUAGAACAUCUCUUUAUAGGAAUUGAGGAACGCAGACGGCAAGCCUUUGAAAAUGGGCUUCCACCUCCAGACUUCAAAGUGAAUGCACAGUUCAUGGAGCUUUACAAUGAGGAAAUUAUAGAUCUGCUGGAUGCAACACGUGAUCCUGAUGCAAGGGGGAGAAAAUCGUUUAUUCGAAUACAUGAGGAUGCUGCUGGUGGUAUCUAUGUUGUUGUUAAUUAUUGA